CUGUCUCUGUCUCCAGGUCAGACAGGCCGUUAUGUUCUGAUCCAGCGUCUCAGGGACACGGAGAGGCAGCUGCUGGCCACAGAGAAGCCUCUGGAGUCUCUGGCUAAGUUAGGCCAGCAUGGCAGCGAAGUUCAAUUCUUUCUGCGGCGGACUGGCCCGAGCAGCAGUGACGGACCUGGCUCAAAACAAGACAGACCAACUCCCCUUCCGUUGCCCAUGCAUUCUGAGCCAGAGCCUUUGAAACGCAGCCAGCCUAAGAAAGCACUCACCUUUAACCUGGGACCAUCCACCUCCCCUAGAACCAAAGCAAAUCAGUAUAAGAGGUCUCCUCGGGACUCUCCAGAACAGAGAACCUCUCCAUCCCCUUCUCCCAGCCCUCUAUCCUCUCAUGUUCCAUCUCCCUCUCCUUCACCACCCAUAGGCCCAUCCAAAGAGGAGGUCUUUAGGAAAGUUCUUCAGCAACAGGAGAGACUAAGGGCCAUCGAGGCCCAGCUAGAAGCCCUAGAGACAGACUCACAUACCUGGGAUCGUCCUUACCCAUCUCCCUGUCCCUCACCAGUCUCUGAUGCUCGUCUGCAAGAGGAGGUGGACACACUCGAGCAAGUGAUGAGGAGGAACCAGGCCGAGCUUGCCCACGAGCAGUACUGGGAGGAGGAGUUCCAAGCAGAGUUAGAGAAAGAGCGAGGGAUGAGGCGGAAGCUGGGGGAGCUCCACGCCAAGCUAGACGACUGCGGGCGACGGCUCCACGAAUUCUCUGUACGCUCUGCUCAGCUCGAGCAAGAGAUUCAGCGGGAGAGCCAUGCGGAAGCGGCGGUCAACGGGCCUGAGGAUUCCCUCGAUGCUGUGAAGGAAGAGCUCCAGAGCCAGGAGAGGCAGGGGACGGAGCUGGAGGAGCGGAUAUCUGAGACUGACAAGACUCUGGGGAAGGCAGAGUCUCUGCUGCAGGCCAAACAGGAGGAGCUGGAGGAGUUGAACAAGGAGCUGAGGCAGUGUAACCUGCAGCAGUUUAUUCAGCAGACAGGUGUCCUGCCCACACACACCCACUCGCGCACAGAGCUCCAGGAGCAACUGGAGCAGCUGGAGCUCGCACAUCUUCUGCAAGAUGGAUACCAGAAUGGAAGCCGCAGUUUAACUCCAGUGGAAUCACCACCUCGCCCCACUGCCAAACAGUUCCUAGGACAUCCGCGCAACCUGCAAAACCCUCUAGUGUCCAGUCUCAACCCUGAGGUCCUGACAUCCCGAGAGUCGUCAUGGAGAUAAGACACGGACCGCAGGGCGAGGGGAAACUUGUUCACUGUUGUGUCACCGUCACCUCUUAUUUGACCCCCCCCCUCUCUCUAUCUUUGUAACUCCUGUUAUUAUUCAAUCUUCCAUGGAUAUACAUACUGUAUAAACAUAAGACAAAUAUAUUUACAGAGUUUUUUUUCUACUCUAAACACUUCAAUG